AUGCUGGGCCGCAGAGUGGCCGGGAGCGCCGGCUUCGUGUGCCUAAGGUGCCGGCUACAGUUAGCCCGCCCCUCGAAACGACCAUCACUGGGCCUGAACGCCAGUCCUGAUUCCCGAGAGAAUCUUUCUGGCGAUCACCAAUACGACAACUUGAGCCACGAUGCCGAGUUAGACGGUUCCGAAAUUCCUUUUCAAGACGAUGCUGGAAACACAGAGGCCCCAAGCACCACCAAUGUCGAUGGGCACAGUGGCAUUGACAACAAUACCCCUGAGGCGCCCGGCCCAGAGUCGCCGGCUUCCCCGCCAAUACCUCCACCCCUGCCGCGGAGGUACUUUUCUAGGGGUCAUUUCGUCGCCCCAGAGCAGGAGGGCCUCUCUGUUGAAACGCUGGGAAAGCCUGGCUCCGUCAUUGUCCUGAGGGAGAAAGGCGUGGCGAGUGCUAGAGGGAUGCCCGAACCCGAGGAGGAGGACGACCCUGCCAAUGCGGUUGACCCUGCGAAACUCCUUGGAAGCAGAGAGGCUGCCGAGGCCUUCGACGACAUCUUACUGAACAUCCACGAGCUCAAACCGGAGGGCGCGCCCACACUCACGGAUUUCGAGUUCAACCGGCUCUGUAGGAAUAUAACCGAUGGGUUUACCAACGCUCAACUAUCACAAUAUUUAAAGGAAUACCAAUCCAUCAAGAAGUUGAGCGGGGAAGAAGACCCUGUCCCGGAUUUACCGCCCUGGAUACUGGAACGUGAACCCUGGAUCCCAAUCGUGGAGCCUGCGCUCCAGGAACCUGACCCGCGUCUCGAUGGCUACGUUACAAAGAGGAUGAAGUCCAAAACGCGACUCGCAAUCCGAAUCCUCCGGCAGUGCUGGGAUGUGUCCAACCAGAGGGUUCUCGAGAAGGAUGGCUACAUGAGCAUACAUCUGAGUGAUCUUGAUUUUGGCUUAGUGGCUUUUGGCAACCGCAAGUGGCUGGAAUCCCUACCGGAGGCCAUCUUGAACCACGUGAAGGAAAUCAAGUUCAUCCGAGAAACCCGUACGAUUUGUAUUAUCGGCCCCAAGCCUGCGGCCGAAUCGAUUUCUAGCCGUGUCGACGAUGUUCUCUCGAAGACUCAGACCGCCGAUUUCAAUGUCGAGGAUAUAUCUCCCAAGUUUCUCGACUCUCGUGUUCUCACGGAGCUCGGGUCCCUGACCAACUCGGCCCUACGCCUCGAUAAGUCGAGUAAGAAGCUCGAGGUCACAUGGAUGGACUUCGAGGGCAAGGCCGAAAUCCUUGAGAACCCGGGAGAGACCGCCAUACGGCUUCUUCACAACGCACAAAAAGACGACGCCCGUGCGGCCGCCUCGUUAGUCCACAUUACUCCGGAGGACGAAACCCAAGACACCCAAAACGGCCGGUAUCUCCCUAUAUUCAGUCAGGCUGGAAAACUGCCGUGGCACAAACGUUUUUCCAGAUGGGAAAGAUGGGUUGCCCCCGUGCUCCAUUCAAAACCCUUCCUGCCACCAAAAAACCUACCUAUUUCUCUCCCCUUCGACUUGGACCAGGAAAGCGGCCGGGUGGACACUGCAAAGCCCCCCAGCAUGCCGGGUCAGGCCACCGGCGGUGAUCUGAACGUGGUCGAAAGCCCACCAGGAUGGUCCCCCCAGCCGCACACUGACACGCGCGCCGUCUUUGGCUACGUCGUGUUCGCACGCCCACAACAGGAUACUACCCCCGCUGGACCAGCCCAAGCACCGAACCCUCCGGAGCAACCAGACGAGAUGCUUCCUCGCACUUUUCUGCCCGUUCUUCCUGCCCUAGGCAGCCUCAAUCUGCCGAACAAUCUGCACGAAUUAGGUCUUUGGCACACCACCACUGUCAUCCGUUUUGCGCCUUCUCCCGAUCUUUCCCCCGAACUCGCCGCUUCGGCACCAGCUCUCGAAGUCCACGUGGAGGCAGAUCACAGGGAGGUUCAAUCCAUUAUCGCCGUGCGGGCCGUCAAAAGUACUUUCACAAGCGACGCGCUUUUCCCAACCGCCGCAGUCGAUUGCCGUUUUAUUCAGCAACACUACUAUUCUCUUCCCGGGUCAAGCAUCAGUGACUAUACCCCGUCGAUAGUUACUUUUCUCCAGAAAUCCCACCUCCGGCCGUGGGCUGGCGAGAUCAACACGCCGCCCGUCUUGCUUGGCGUCGAGCUUCCCCACCACGUUGUCCCGUCGUCCUCCUCCCCCUCCUCCUCCACCACCACCCCCAACACCGACAGUCACCCGGACACCAACACCAACUCCGACUCCGACUCCGAUCCCGACACACCUCCCCCUUUCCCCGUAAAACUCGACUACGUCCUCUCCUCCACCGAAAUCCGCCGCACUGUAACCGCAGAACACCGCAACCUAAAACUCCGCUACACCAGCAUCGACGCCCACCGCCACGGCGGCGAAUGGGCCGAACUCUCCCUCGACGCCGUGCGCGUAGUCGCACCCUCGGACCCCAAACAAAACAAAUUCGCCUCCCGCGGCGGUAGCGGGGCUAGCAGCAGCAGCAUCGACGACGCCUACGCCCUCGUCGACGACGCGGAUUCCUACAAGGACCUAGAAGACGACGGGUCGUUCCACAAGGCCGCCGUGCGGCCGCACGCGCUCGGGUUGGAUGCGGAGUUUAUGGCGAAACCGCUGGAGUGGGAGGAGUAUAUGCGCGCGGUGCGGGAUAUUGUGGGUGAGCAGGGUCGGUUGAAGUGGCAUGCUAAGCGGUCGUAA